UUUCAUAGCUAGAGAGGAGAGAGAGAUACAUACAGAGAGAGAGAUGGAUGAAGUGAGAAAAGUUGCGAAGGCAUACUACGACGGAGCAGCAGGAGCCGAGAAAGAGCUAGCUCGGAAACUUUUCCGAUCACUCGACACAAACGGCGACGGGAAAGUGAGCCUGCGCGAGUACAAGAAGGCGAUGCAGUUGCAGCACUCGUCUUUCUCCGGCAACGACAUCUUCAAGGAGCUUGACGCCAACUGCGAUGGAACCCUCGAUUAUGACGAGGUCUUGGCCCUUUAUUACAUGGACAAAGUUUCCGUGCCGAGGUGCAGAGCUUGCAAAUCUCUGCUCCUACAUUCGUAUUUCUCGUGCUUGCUGUGCCAGGCCGACGCCUCCUACUACCUCUGCUGCGACUGCUACGGCGGAGGGAAGUUCAAACACCGUCACUCUGCCAACAAGUUCGUGGAUACGAGAGCCAUGCUCAAGCUGCUCGAUCAAAUCUUGAAGCAGUCGCAGGUUAUUAGUCAGGCGCGGGAAAGUGAUGAUGAUCAGUUCGAUCUCCUGCAGGACGCUGAAGAUGUCGACGAUCAGAAGCUGACGAGCACAAUGACUCAAGUUAUGACGUUCGAAGAAGAAUUGGAAGAGGAGGAGGAGAAGGGAGUCGAAGAAGAUAAUAAUUAUGAUGAGGAUGAAGAUGAAGCCAAAGAAGAUAAGGAAGAGGAGGAUGGAGCCGAAGAUGACGAAGAAAAUGGUGUUGGAGAAGAUAAUAAUUAUGAGGAGGGGGAGGAGGAGAAAGAUGAAGCCAGAGAAAAUGAGGAGGAGGAUAGAGCCGAAACUGACGAAAAGGAUGAGGAGGACGAUGAAAAUGAUGAAGAAGAGGAAGAUGAAGAGGAAGAGGAAGAUGAAGAUGAUGAAGAAGAGGAAGAUGAAGAUGAAGUGGACAAAUGGGACAAUGCUAACCUCAUGGACAGGAAGGCCGUCAAGAAAAAGGGUCAACUACGAUCAGAAAAGUCAAAUCGAUCUCAAAAGGUGUACUCUCAAACACAACUCAAAACAGUCGAAUCGAUCUCAAAUGUUGCAGGACAGCAAUCAAAGCAUCAGCGUCAACGUAAAAGGGAUAAAAUUGUGAAAAUUGCGCAAACUCUUGACUCAAUAAAUACGGCAGUCUCUCUUGGAAGCGCUGUAGUAAGCGUCGGAGCCAUAGCAGUUGCUACUUCAGCCUGUUGCAUCAUGUAGUUUUUGGCUUUAGUACUAAUUAAAAUUUUCUGUUUAAGAGAUUGCAUGCAUGCCCGUUUAAUUUGAUUUUAUGAACGCAUCACUUUAUUCAUGAAUUUGUAUGUAAUAUUUCUAGAUAUUCGUGUGCUUAAGUUUCACAUAUGUAUUUUGUAUUAAUUUGUUCAAAGUAAUUGGAAUAAUGAGUUUAGAUCUCAUGUGAUACAUUUGUAAUUUCAAAGUGA